AUGGAUCACUCCUUCCGCGAUUUCGUUGAACAGCUCAAAGCAGACGACGACCUGGUCGAGAUUAACGAUGAGGUCGAUCCUUAUCUCGAGGCAGCAGCUAUAACGAGGCUGGUGUGCGAGACCGAUGAUAAAGCUCCGCUCUUCAACAAUCUCAAGGGUCAGAAUGACAAAGGGCUCUGGAGAAUCCUUGGUGCACCCGGGUCUCUUCGACGGUCCAAGAAAGACCGAUAUGGCCGCAUCGCUCGCCACCUUGCACUUCCCCCAACCGCAAGCAUGAGGGAAAUCAUUGACAAAAUGCUUUUAGCGAGUGAGCUACCGCCUAUCGCACCACGCAUCGUUGCAGAAGGACCUGUUAAGCAAAACAGUUUAACAGACGGAGGAAAGUUCCUCCAGACCUAUGGCAUGCAUGUACUGAGGAGCCCUGAUGGUACGUGGACGAAUUGGUCCAUCUCCCGGGCUAUGGUGUAUGACCGAAACCACAUAACAGGUCAAAUCGUGCAACCGCAGCAUAUUUGGCAAAUCCAUGAGAUGUGGAAGAAAGAGGGCAAGGAUGUUCCGUGGGCACUGUGCUUCGGCGUACCUCCAGCUGCCAUCAUGGCUUCAUCGAUGUCGAUCCCUGAAGGCGUCAGCGAGGCAGACUAUGUCGGGGCAGUGACCGGCCGCCCAUUAGAGCUUGUGAAAUGCGACACCAACGACCUAUAUGUUCCGGCCAACGCCGAGAUCGUUUUUGAGGGUACCAUAUCCAUUACUGAACUCGUAGAUGAGGGUCCGUAUGGCGAGAUGCACGGAUAUGUAUUCCCAGGAGUGAAACGCAAGUAUCCACUCUUUACGGUGAACAAGAUCACUUACCGCGACAAUGCGAUUCUGCCUAUGUCUGUCACUGGGCGCAUUACAGAUGAGACUCAUACCCUAAUCGGAACGCUUGCGGCCGCCGAAAUACGCAACGCAUGCCAAAAGGCUGGACUGCCUAUUACGGACGCCUUCUCUACAUUCGAAUCCAUGGUCACUUGGGCUGCGCUCAAGGUUGACACUGUGAAACUCAGCCAGAUGAAAUGGACGCCCAAGGACUUUCAGAAGAAGGCUGGAGAUGUAGUGUUCUGUACGAAAGCCGGCUUGCUUAUUCACCGUCUUAUCCUUGUGGGUCAGGACGUCGACAUAUACAAGGGCGAAGAUGUGAUUUGGGCGUUUUCAACUCGCUGUCGGCCUAACGACGACGAAACCUUCUUCGACAAUGUCAGAGGUUUCCCGCUGAUUCCGUACAUGGGACACGGUACCGGAUCUCCGGUUCAAGGGGGAAAGGUUGUGUCGGAUGCGCUGAUGCCUUCUGAAUACUCGACAGGAAAAGGCGAUUGGCAGGCUGCAGAUUUCAAGAAUUCAUAUCCAAAUGAGCUUCAAGAUAGGGUGCUUAGCAAGUGGGCGUCCUUUGGAUUUUCGAGUUUGGACUAA